AUGUUUAGACAAUUAGCUAAGGCCAGAGCAUUCCCCAAGUUCACCAGAACCUACGUCCCAGGCCAGUUCUCCGGACUGAAAAACGCCAACGGCAACUACACCGUCACCUUGAUUGAGGGUGAUGGUAUCGGAGUCGAAAUCUCCCAGGCUGUCAAGGAUAUCUAUGCUGCCGCCAAGUUCCCAAUUGAGUGGGAGCCUGUGGAUGUCACUCCACUUUUGAUCAACGGUAAGACCACCUUGCCACAGGAUGCCGUUGACUCCGUCAACAGAAACUUGGUGGCCUUGAAGGGUCCUUUGGCUACUCCAGUCGGUAAGGGUCACACCUCCAUGAACUUGACCUUGAGAAGAACCUUCAACUUGUUCGCCAACGUCAGACCAUGUAAGUCCAUUGUCGGUUACAAGACCCCUUACGACAAUGUUGACACCGUGUUGAUCAGAGAGAACACCGAGGGUGAGUACUCUGGUAUUGAGCACACUAUUGUGCCAGGUGUGGUCCAGUCUAUCAAGUUGAUCACCAAGCCUGCUUCUGAGAAGGUCAUCAGAUACGCCUUCGAGUACGCCAAGAGCAUCAACAAGCCUCACGUUGUUGUUGUCCACAAGGCCUCCAUCAUGAAGUUGUCCGAUGGUUUGUUCGUCGAGACCGCCAAGGAGAUCGGUAAGGAGUACCCAGACGUUAAGUUGUCCUACGAGUUGUUGGACAACACCUCUUUGAGAUUGGCUUCUGACCCAUCUGACUACUCCGAUGUGGUUAUGGUCAUGCCAAACUUGUACGGUGACAUCAUGUCUGACUUGUCCUCUGGUUUGAUUGGAGGUUUGGGUUUGACUCCUUCCGGUAACAUGGGUAACAAGGUGUCUAUUUUUGAGGCCGUCCACGGUUCUGCUCCAGACAUCGCUGGUAAGGGUCUUGCCAACCCAACUGCCUUGUUGUUGUCUUCCGUCAUGAUGUUGAGACACUUGUCUUUGAACGCCGAGGCCGACAAGCUUGAGGCUGCUGUGUUGAACACCAUUGCUUCUGGUCCUGAGAACAGAACCGGUGACUUGAAGGGUACUGCCACUACUCAGCACUUCACUGAGCAGGUUAUUAAGAACUUGUAA